AUGCCUUCCAAGCUGACUGUGGGCAUCGCCCAGGUCCAUACCCAGCAGACCACGGCAGAUACCCUGGACCUCCUCCGCAAGCACACAAGAAGCGCAGCCGCUAAAGGCAUCUCGAUAUUGCUCUUUCCCGAGGCUUUUCUUGGUGGUUACCCUCGGACAUGCAAUUUCGGCGCAGCCAUCGGUGCGCGAACCGACGAGGGGAGGAAUCAAUUUGUAAACUACUUCAAGAGCUGCAUCGACCUGGGCGAUACAGCUCGAGGAGAAGAAGAUGCUUGGUUGAAGAGGGAGCUUGAUGUGAACGAAGAGACUGGUCGACGUGGAGAUGGAACAAGGGAGUGUCUGGAAGAUGUGGCAAGAGAGACUGGAGUUUUCCUGGUGGUAGGGAUGGUGGAGAAAGCUGGUGGCAGCUUGUAUUGCACAGCAGUCUACGUGGACCCUGCUAAAGGCAUCGUCAGCAAAAGACGCAAGGUACAGCCGACGGGAUCAGAGCGUCUAGUCUGGGCUCAGGGCCAGCCAAGCAGCCUCAAAGCCGUGAGUGCCACCAUCAAGGGUGUCAAGGUCGUCAUGGGCACUGCUAUUUGCUGGGAGAACUAUAUGCCUUUGCUGAGGUACGCACUGUACGCUCAAGGCGUCAAUCUAUGGCUCGCGCCUACAGCCGACCCAAGAGCCACGUGGGAGCCACUGAUGAAGACUAUCGCCUGCGAACAGAGAUGUUGGGUCCUGUCCGCCAAUCAAUGUAUCAAGUCGCGGAAUCUGCCAGCAUGGAUUACCGGCAAGCAACAAGCUAGCUCCGAGGAGGCUGUGCUUAAUGGAUCAUCGCAUGGACCUUCGCAUGGACCCACCAGUCAUAGGAGAAGGUCAUCUGUGACGACCAAGACCGAUGAAAACCAUGAGAUUGCCUGGAGACCGAAAGGGGAGAUCAAAGAAGAAGGCGAGGCCGUCCAGAGCGACGGUGCUAGCGAGUUUGCAUCAUCGGGAGGGUCCUGCAUCGUCUCGCCGAUGGGCCAGACUGUGACCGGGCCCGUCUGGAACAAAGAAGAGGAGUUGCUCUAUGCCAAUAUCGAUUUUGACGACUGCGAAAGAGGCCGCUUCGACUUUGAUGCGACUGGCCAUUACGGUAGACUCGACGCUUUCAAGCUCACGGUCGAGGGUCUCGAUCUGACGCCUCCGCCAUGA